UUAUACCCGGCCCUCCCCAUCCCACUCCUCUUCCCAUCUCGCCUCAACUCACCCUCCCUUCCUUCAAGUCUCUCACACAUAUUUACACUUCUUCCUCUUCACCUUCCAUCCAUCGUCCUUCAUUCGGGUGAGAGAGCAAGAGACACACCUGAUACCUAGGCAAUAAACACACAACCACCCCACCCACCACCCGACUUACACACACACACACACUCUCUCUGCCUCUGCCUCUCUAUCUACCACUACCACCUAAGACACAAAGGGGUAACAAUCAUAAUUGCACUUCACAAACAACCCCAAAGAGAAGGCUCAUCUCUGCCACUCACAAUGGCGACCGAUCUCAACUCCCCCCCUCCCUCGCUUGGCGUGGAUACGGCCAACCCUGCCACUGAUGCCUCCAAGCCCAACAUCCUCUUCAUCAUGGCUGACCAACUGGCCGCUCCCCAGCUUAAGAUGUACAACCCAAACUCACAGAUCAAAACGCCCAACCUCGACCGCCUGGCCUCCAUCUCGGUCCAGUUCGACUCCGCCUACUGCCCCUCACCUCUCUGCGCCCCCUCGCGCAUGAGCUUGAUCAGCGGUCUCCUCCCCAUGAAGAUUGGCGCCUUUGAUAAUGCCGCCCAGGUUGGCUCUGACGUGCCCAUAUAUGCGCACUACCUCCGCUCCAAGGGAUACCACACUUCUCUCGCUGGUAAGAUGCACUUCAUUGGUGAUCAGCUCCACGGCUACGAGCAGCGCCUGACCAGCGACAUCUACCCUGGCGACUUUGGCUGGGCUGUCAACUGGGAUGAGCCCGACACUCGCCUCGAGUGGUACCACAACGCCAGCUCUAUUCUCCAGGCUGGUCCUUGUGGACGGAGCAACCAGCUCGACUAUGAUGAGGAGGUCAUGUUCAAGAGCACCCAGUACCUGUGGGAUCAUGUCCGCGAGGGUUCCAACAAGCGCCCAUUCUGCCUGACCGUCUCCCUCACUCAUCCCCAUGAUCCCUACACUAUCACCAAGAAGUACUGGAACCUCUAUGAAGAUGUUGAUAUCAACCUGCCCGAAGUCCGCAUCGCCAACGAGGAUCAGGAUCCCCACAGCAAGCGCCUCCUCAAGGUCUGUGACCUCUGGGACCAGAACUUCUCUGACGACCAGAUCAAGCGGGCCAAGCAGGCCUACUACGGAUCGGUGAGCUACGUCGACGACUGCAUUGGUAGGCUUCUGGAGACCCUCGAGGAUGCCGGCCUCGCGGAGAACACCAUUGUCAUCUUCAGUGGCGACCACGGAGACAUGCUGGGCGAGCGCAACCUGUGGUACAAGAUGAGCUACUUUGAGUCGUCGGUCCGCGUUCCCAUGCUCGUCAACUACCCCAAGCGGUUCAAGCCCCACCGCGUCACCCAGAGUGUGUCGACUCUCGACCUCCUCCCCACUAUCUGCGACCUCAUCGGUACCAAACCGGCCCCCUACUUGCCCAUGGACGGCAUCAGCAUGCUGCCCCAUCUCGAGGGCCGCGAGGGCCACGAGGGCCACGACACCGUCUUUGCCGAGUACACGGGUGAGGGAACCGUGCGCCCCAUGAUGAUGAUCCGCCGGGGUCCCUGGAAGUACAUCACUUGCCCCGCCGACGAGCCCCAGCUGUACAACUUGGAGCGGGAUCCCAAGGAGCUGGAUAACCUAUCCCGCUUCAAGAAGAUUGCCCCUCAGACCCCGGAAGAGGAGGAGGCUAAGGAGGCGUUUGAGAAGUUUGAGGCUGAGGCCAAUGCGAAGUGGGACUUUGAAGCCAUCACGGAUAAGGUGUUUGCGUCGCAGCGAUCCCGCCGGGUCGUGUGGAAUGCCCUCAAGGAGGGCGAAUUCACCAGCUGGGACUUUGACCGUGUCGAUGACGGCAGAAGGAAGUAUAUCCGCUCCACUAUUCCUCUGGAUGACCUUGAGCGCCGUGCCCGGUUCCCGUUUGUGGACGCCAACGGGUACGAGAGCAAGGCAGUUUCUUCGACGCGCAGUUAAGGGAGGCGGUGACAAGGGCGUUGACCCGGACGGGAGGAGACGGAUGGUGUGAGAGAUAAGGGAGACUACGAUGAAUGUUGUUUUGGCGAUUGUCAUGUGGCGUUCGCAAUGCACAGCCUGGGAUACCUUUGAAUCCAUUCUCUGCAUAGUUGUUUUUGCUCGCAUAGCUUAGCACUUGGGAUUUUGCUGCGGGAGAAUGGUUUGCGCAAAAGCGUGUUGGAUAUUAUGAUAUGAACUACAAUAAGAAUGAAAAU